GUCAAUUCCCUUCAACCAUUAAACAAAAAAUAUCCUGUUGUUCUCUCACCUCUCCUUUCUCUUCUUUUUUAUUUGCUUUAUUUAGUUCGAAAUUAUUUUCUGUUCAAAAAAAAUGGCUUCUAUCAGACCCGUACUCAAGAAGGCUGCUAUUGCCGCCAGCGCCCAGACUGUCUCGAGACUCUCCACCACCGCCACCGGUUCCGCCGCCCGUGCCUUUUCUGCCUCUGCCUCCCAACUCACGGUAAACUAUCAACUCUUACAUCAUAUCCCCCCCUAAACCAACCUUGGUUGACUUGACUGGAACAAGAAAAAGAUGAUAAUAGAAAAUAUGUGACUAAUUUUUGGAUUUUAUGCUAUAUGAACCGUUUUCAUAAUUGCUUUCUCUUCCUUCUUUCUCCUUACUAACAAAAAAUUAUUUACACAAUACUUUUUUUAUAAAAUUCACCUCUCUAAAUCAAAUUCCAAUUCCAAUUCCACUUGGUUUUUUAUUUUAGAAGAUGCGCCUUGAACGUGAUACCAUGGGUGAGCUCGAAGUGCCCUCGGACAAGUACUACGGAUGCCAGACUGCCCGCUCCAAGCUCAACUUUGACAUCUGCGCAGACACCGACCGCAUGCCUGAUGCCGUGAUCAAGGCCAUGGGCGUUCUGAAAAAGGCCGCUGCCAUAGUCAACCGCGACUUUGGUCUUGACACCCGCGCGAGCGACGCCAUCCAGCAGGCCGCGCAGGAGGUCAUUGAGGGUAAGCUUAUGGGCCACUUCCCUCUGGUGGUCUGGCAGACCGGCUCCGGCACCCAGACCAACAUGAAUGUCAACGAAGUCAUCGCUAAUCGCGCAAUUGAGAUUCUCGGCGGUGAGCUGGGCUCGAAGAAGCCCGUGCAUCCGAAUGACCAUGUGAACAAGAGCCAGUCAUCCAAUGACACGUUCCCCACGGCUAUGAGCAUUGCCGCCGUGACCGAGAUUAACUCGCGCUUGAUCCCGGCGCUUCGGGAUCUGAGAGAUGCGUUUGCGGAGAAGCAGCAGGAGUUCAAGGAUAUUAUCAAGAUUGGUCGGACCCAUUUGCAGGAUGCCACGCCGCUGACGCUUGGCCAGGAGUUCUCCGGGUACACCCAGAUGCUCAGCAACGCGGUUGUGCGGAUCGAGGCCACGCUGCCACACCUUUCCCAGCUGGCCAUUGGCGGUACGGCGGUCGGCACCGGCCUGAACACCUACACUGGGUUUGACGCCCAGAUGGCUGAGAAGAUCUCGGAGAUUUCCGGAUACAAGUUUACGCCGGCUCCGAACAAGUUCGAGGCCCUGGCUGCGCACGACGCCCUUGUGGAGGCCUCCGGUGCUCUUAACACCAUUGCCGUGUCGCUGUUCAAGAUCGCCAGUGACAUUCGUCUCCUCGGGAGUGGGCCGCGGUGCGGAUUGGGCGAGUUGCAGUUGCCGGAGAACGAGCCUGGAUCCUCCAUUAUGCCCGGAAAGGUCAACCCGACGCAGUGCGAAUCCCUGACGAUGCUCUGCGCCCAGGUCAUGGGCAACCACACGGCGGUCACUAUUGGCGGAGCCAACGGGCACUUUGAGCUCAACGUGUUCAAGCCCAUGAUGAUCUACAACGUUCUGCAUUCCGUGCGCCUGCUUGCUGAUGGCUGUGUUUCGUUCCGCAAGAACUGUGUUGUUGGAAUUAAGGCGAACGAGGAUCGUAUUAAUAAGCUCCUGCAUGAGUCCCUCAUGCUCGUUACCGCUCUCAACCCCUAUAUUGGUUACGAUAACGCUGCGGCGGCUGCGAAGAAGGCGCAUAAGGAGGGGACUACCCUGAAGGCUGCGGCCAUUGCCCUUGGAUCGCUGAAUGAGGAGCAGUUUGAUAAGUGGGUGCGCCCCGAGGAUAUGCUGGGCCCCAAGGACUACAAGAACUAAUGUGAAAAGAAAAUGGGAUUGAUCGAGUUAAGGAUUUUUUUGCCUUAUAUAUAUAUAUAUAUAAUUUUUUGUUUCUCUGGUUUAAUACAGUUGAUAUCACGAUACUGGAGAAUUUUUCAGGGAAGAACAGAUAUUAAUUGCAAAUUUCAAAAUGCAAUAUCCAUUUAAUAAAAUUUUUAAAAUAAAG